ACUCCCGCCAUCACCUGCAUGAUUCCCAAACAAUACAGUGAACAUGCAUACAAUAACAAAUCCGAUGUUUUAAAAGUGCUCGCUAACUGUGCACUCAGAAUACAUGAUAACACUAGUAUAUCUGUAAAAAAGGUGAUAAAAUAUGUGAAACAGAAAAAGAAAAAAAAUCAGAUGGAGAGGUAUUCUGUUCUUUUAAUAUCAGUGCUAUUUUUCAGCUUUUCAUUAGGGACUACAUCAAUUGAUCCCGGAAAAUUUCUUCAAUGCCUUAAACUCCAGUCUAAGACGGGUUUCAUACCAGUUUAUACCCCGACGAGUUCAAGAUUUUCAUCAAUAUGGCAGUCAACUGUGCACAACAUUAGAUUCAUAACAUCCACCACUCCAAAACCCGAGUUUAUAAUUCUUCCUUCAAAUGAAUCCCAUGUUCAAGCAUCUGUCAUUUGUUCUAAACAACAUGGAAUUCUGAUGAAAAUUCGGAGCGGUGGCCAUGACUACCAAGGCUUAUCUUCUAUAUCUGAUGUCCCGUUUCUGAUUCUUGAUCUGUCUAAUCUCCGGUCAAUUAGCGUUGAUGCUAAAACUGCUUGGGUUCAAUCUGGUGCGCUUCUGGGCGAACUUUAUUACAGAAUUGCAGAGAAAAGCAAGACUCUUGCGUUUCCUGCAGGGGUUUGUCCAACGGUAGGUGCUGGGGGAUCGUUUAGUGGAGGUGGGUAUGGUACUUUGCUAAGGAAAUAUGGACUUGCAGCUGAUAAUGUCAUUGAUGCUCAAAUAAUCGAUGUCAAUGGGAGAAUCCUCGACAGGGAAUCCAUGGGAGAAAACUUGUUCUGGGCCAUAAGAGGAGGUGCUCCUGGGAGCUUUGUCGUCGUUCUUUCCUGGGAGAUCAGAUUGGUUGACGUUCCACCGACUGUAACUGUUUUUAGAAUAGAGAAAAUGUUGAGAGAUGAUCCGGGUUUCACUUCACUAGUACAUAGGUGGCAAGAAGUUGCACAUAAUCUUCCCCAAGAGCUCUUAAUUAGAGCUGCAAUAGCUCUAGUGGGCACCGAAGAACGUAGAACAAUUAAAGCUUCAUUCAUCUCUUUGUUUCUUGGUGAUUCUAAUAAGCUCUUAACUGUGAUGAAACAGGGAUUUCCUGAGCUGGGUUUAGAGAGUAAAGAUUGUACCAAAAUGAGUUGGAUUCGAUCUGUACUCUGGUACGCUGGAAUGCCAGACAACGGAACUUUAAAUGAUCUAUUGAACAGAACCCAAUCAAAGAGGUUUGCUAAGGGAAAGUCUGAUUAUGUGAAGACACCCAUUCCGGUAGUCGCAUUGGAAGGGGCAUGGAAACUACUAAUGAAAGAAGUUCGGCCUGUAAUGACAAUGCAUCCUUUUGGCGGAAGGAUGGAUGAGAUUGCUGAGACUGAGAUCCCUUAUCCACAUAGAAAUGGAACUUUGUUUCAAAUCCAAUACCUGACAAUAUGGACAGAGCAAGGGUCGGAAGAAUCUGAAAGGCAUAUAAACUGGAUGAGAAAGUAUUACGAGUAUAUGGGUACUUAUGUUUCGAAGACGCCGAGGGAAGCAUACAUCGGUUAUAGAGAUAUUGAUUUGGGUGUAUCAAAAAAUGGAACAGCAAAUUCCUUGCAAGGUAGCGCAUGGGGAAGUAAAUAUUUCAAGAGCAACUACAAAAGAUUAGUUCAAGUUAAAAGGAAAGUUGAUCCAGAGAACUUCUUUAGAAAUGAACAAAGCAUUCCAAGUAAUUGACUAUUAUGAGUAAAGAAAAUAGCACAAUAGUAGAUGUAUUAUAUUCUUUCACUUUUUCUUUUCAUGUAUUCAUAAAGAAAAAUUGGUCCCUUGCACAGCAAAAGUUAGCCCAGUGCUCCGUAAAUCAAGUAAGUAACUGUAUACAGGAUAAGAGAAAGGGAAAAAAGAUGAAAAAUCAGAUGGAGUAACACUAACCUGUUAUAAAAAUCAAUCUAAAAUUAAUCAAUUUUUAAAAUAAGACUUAAAAUUA